AUGCACCUCAUAUCUGCUGAUAACGACUUUGCCGGCUAUCGCGCAGCAGUGUGUGAGACACCAGAGAACGAGCUUCGGCCGUGGGUGCGGCGCGCGGGCCGUACGUGGUGCCUGUUGUCGAGCUCCUCAUUGCUGACAUCAGGCGGGUGUUUGAACGUGAGCGCGAGCGCGCGGCCGCACAAUGGAUCUGCGCCUCACACACCGAGGGCGGGCAAUGGGUUCUGCAGCCUACGGCGGUGCUUGCGGCGCACCUUGCAGCGCACACGGCACGUCUCCCACGCCUCGAUGCUGAUGCAGCAACAGAACCGGAGCGCUGGAUGGCAAGCUGGCUGCUCAACACGAAGGAGCUCGGGAGGCUAG